UAGUUGCUGGGAAGACCCAAAACUAGCAAAUCUGACACUGGCAAAUAGGAGCAGUCACACUGCUGAGGAAGGAGCCUGGAACCAAAGGGAGUGGGCGGGGCUCUGAGCCCAGAGAAAACGAAGGGGGCGCCCGAGAGCACUUCAGAUCCAGAAAGACUGCCAUGGCCUGGGAGUUUGGUGAGGCCGGGGGCUUCAUGCUCCGGGAAUUCCAGCCUGGGGAUGCGGACGAGGUGCGGGAAUUGUUCACUGAGGGCAUGAGCGAGUAUGGACCAGCUCUUUGUGUCCACGUGCUGCAGCAGCCUUGGGUGAUGCUCACCCUGACAGGAGCCUUCCUGCUGCUAGUGGCCAGCUCGCACUCCCUGCUGCUGCCUGUGCUCCUCCUUGCUCUGAUGCUGGCGGCCAGCCACCUGGUCCUGGGCCAAGUCUGGGCUCUUUACAUCCGGCGUUGCCUCUCCCAGGACCUAAUGGAUAUCGGAGAGGCCUACUCUCCGCAGCGCGGCGCCCGCUUCUGGGUGGCUGAGGCUCGGGGCCAGAUAGUGGGGAUGGUAGGCGCGCGGCCCGCGGAGGGUCAAGGCGCUUCUGGUGUGCUGGUGCUGAAACGAAUGGUUGUGCGCCAAGACUACCGAGGCCGGGGCGUGGGCAAAGCCCUGGGACGGGCGGUGCUGGCCUUUGCUUGCGAACAGGGCUCCCGCGCGGUGAUGCUAGUUACGCACCGGCUGCAGAGAGAAGCCCGGAACCUUUACCUCAGCCUUGGCUUCCGUCCAGAGGCACCACAGCCGCUUCCUACCUUUUAUGGACGCCUGGCAGACUUUACACUCACCCGUUACCGCUAUGACCUUGCCCCUGGGGACUAAGACUCUAUCACCCGGAGACGACCUUGAGCAAGAAGAUUGUGUCUCCUAGGAAAGGAGAGAGAGCAGAGCUGGAACCCCUUCCUCUUUCUCUCAGGGAGGAAUCCACAUCAAAGCGUCAAUUAAUUUCGGAUUAACUGGCUUUGGGGUUUGAGGGGGAAGAGUGUGUGGGGUGUGUGUGUGUGUGUGUGUGUGUGUGUGUGUGUGUCCUGAAAAAGUCAUUUCAACUCCCUCGGGCAAAGUUUCUUGCUAUGGGAUUGUACUUUGUGAUUUCUAAACCUUCUAAAAGCAGCUAAAUAGUGAAUCUACACUAAAGACUGUGGAGCUGUAUAUUAUAUUGCAGGAUAUUUGGUGCCUCGCGUCGUAUUUGUUAAAUGUUCAAAUUAUUUUUCUGGGUUUGAGUUGGGGGUACAAAUACACUUGGAAAGAAAAAGGAUGUCCAAAAUAUUUUUUUAAACAAUUACUUAUUGCUUUCUUCCUUGAAUUUUCUGAACCAAUUUAGGAAUUCAUUAGCAAUUCUCCUUCCUCUCCCCUCCCAUUGUGAGACUAGAACUUAAUGUUAAAAAACCAACAUUUCUGUUAAGGAGCUUAAACAUAUCUUGAGCAAAAGAAAUACCUGAAAUUGUACUUGUAUUGUUGAUGAGCUCCCUGCCCCCAGGCCAUCCUCCACCCCAUCUCACUGGACUGCAAUUACGUGGCAUGUUUGAGUGGUAGCAAAAAAGAAGCUUUCAUAUCCAAAAAUGAGCCUCUUACAUGCCUGAAAUUCUUUCAUUGUCUUUAUGAAGACUAUUUGAAAUUCCUUUCUUUAUAAUUUCAUUUAGAGUUAAUAAAAGCCUUCUUAAAAUUAAUUUUGAAAGACUGGGCUUAUUAGCUAUUCUUUAUUGUUAUUAUUAGCUAUAUCUUCCUAUGAAUUAUUUGUGAAAUUUAAAUCAUCUCUAAAAUACCUGUCUAUGCUCCAGAGUAACAACCAUUAAUAAUAUAUGACACCUGUCUUCAUACAGGCAACAAUUUUAAUAUGUAAUUGCAAUGGGAGAAAGGAAAUACACAAAAUAGAGUAAAACAAAUUAAACACUAAUUCAAGAGAUCAUUCUCUAAGAGUUUAGAGGAAGUUGGAGAAAAAAUUAUUAUCAGCUGUGGUACAGGAAAGAUUUCAUGGAGGACAAGAACAUAAAAUUGAAUUGUUUCUUGAAAAGAAAAGAACUUCUGAGUGAAUGAGAAUAUGGAAGGAAGGAGGAGAGGAGUCAUUUUGAAAGGGUUAGAAGCUUUAGGGAUGAAUAGGCCUAGGUGAGGUUCAGAAUGAGGUAUUUUAAAUGUUUAAUAGACAAUGAGUGGUAAGGUGGUAGGAGAGAAGAUAUGCCAAGAAUAGAGCACAAAAAAGAAGUGGAAAAUGCCAAAACAUAUUUUUUUCCUUCAAAAAUCUCCAAAAUUUUCUAACUUUUUAACAGGGGGUUUAAAAAACAAAUGUGUACCAAACCCACAGAAAGGCUAAGGACUUUGUGACUCUCAGAAGAGUUUCAUUUCAGAUUUGUGUUUGAUUUUCUGUUGUAGCAUUUACCGCACAAAAUAAUGAAUUUGUCUGCUAAUGAUGUUAAGAUCUGCUUUGUCAUUGUAAACCUAUAUACUAGAGUGAUCUACAAACAGAAUGCCAGGUUUUCUACAUAUGUAAAUCAGUGAGAUGUAAUUAAUUUUGUCCUAGAGGUUAAAAUAUCUAGAUGUUUUUAAUUGUUUCUCUUGCAAGUUGAUCUAUUAUUAUAAUAAGUGGACUACUAAGUUUAGGACACUGGCGAGCAUUCAAAAUUUAUUUUUUUUGAAAGAUUCCUGGUCAAUUUUGGCAAAUAAACAGUAUAAAACUCAGUAACAUGAACAAGUUCAUCUUAUCAGAAGAAUCAAAUGAACAUGCAUUCUGACAUCAAUUAAACAGAAACAUUGCUAUUUAGAAAAUGUUGCUAAAAGUAGUUAAGAUUAUGAAUGUUUUACAAAAAUCUCAGAACUAAAAAAUAACCUAUGUAAAAUAGGAAUUUGAAACUCAUCGUUCUAACACUGGGAUAUAUUUAUUUGUUUUUUCUGAUAAUUGCCUAUAUAAAAAUAUUACCAAAAUAAGCAAUUAUGGACAAAAUGGAUUUGAAAGCCUAAAUCCAAAUGAUUGUAAUUCAAUAGUCACACUAUACUAAAAAUAUUUGUGUAUAGGUUUUUACAUUGUAAAAGAAAUAAAGUUGAACAGAAAUGAAAAAUUUGCUAAACCCAAAAUUUCCUUCACACAACAGCAAAAAAAAGUGGAUCCUUGUUCACAAUCUAGAUGAAGAUCAAAGUACUUUUCUUUUUUGUGAAUUGGACUGUUUGGGCAUGCGAUUGUGGCUGUGUCAUUGCCAGUAUUAUCCUUUGUGAGUCUGCAUAAUUGGUAUGACCAUAGUAAUACUUCUGGGAUAUAAUGACCAACCAGUUGACUGUUUGUAACAAUACUAUAUGUGUGAUCGUGUAUAUAUUUAUCUAUAUGCUUAUUGAUUUUUUCUUAUAUCAGGAAAUAAGUAUGUUUUUAAUAAUAAUUUAAAAAAUCAAUGAUCAAAUUUACAUUGCUGUAGUUUUAUCUUUGUGUCAAAAGGCAGAGUGCUUUGUUAGGAAAAAAAACAACAACAUGCUGAUGUAGAGAAGUGCAAUCCCCAAUGCUCCAAAGUAUGGCCAGAACCAAAUUAUAAUAUAAUUGGGAAAUAUUUUACCAAAAUCAAUAAAAUAUAAUAAAACACAAAAAAUGUUAAUAUGCGGUUUUCUCACUUUAAGUGAACAGCAGGUAUGUUGUAUUUCUAUUUGAAUUUGACACCACUGAAGAAGAGCUUGACUACACUUGUAGUGAUGUAAGAGCAAGUUAUUUAAAUCUGCUCUCUGAGUUUCAGUUUCUUCUCUGUAUGAGUAUGACAGUAUCUGAGCUAGCAAUUUCAUAGAUUGGUUAUGAGGACACUAUUUUGUAAAAUUUAAAGCCCUCUGUCUUAGUGAUCUAAUAUUACCCUUUUGAAAAUUUUCAAACAACUUUUUAAAUAUCUUCAAGUUUUGUGAUUCUGAGAAUUUCUUUUAAUUGCAAUAAAAUAAAGUAGAAUUUAAAUUGGCCAUGCAAUAUCUAAAUAAAUGAACAAUAGACUGAAAUUCAUUUUAAAUGCAAGACUAAUCCAGUAUUAAAGCUGGUUAAGCUGUCACUAGAGAUAAUAUAAAUUGUCUUCAUUAAGAAAACUAGAAUUUCAGUGGUUAGCUUUGAAAUCACCUCUGUCUUUUAACUUCUGAAGGACUUAAAGAUUUGAUGUUCUAAGAUGUACCUGGCCCUGUUCAAUGACUUAAUAUAUUCAAUGUUCAUAUGUUCAAUAAGCAAUGUUCAGUGCUUAAAAGACAUUUGUUUUAUUAUCAGUUUUCCUAGCAGCAGCUUGACUAUAAAUUGUCCAGUACUAAGAAGACCAAAGAAAUUUUUUGCCUUAUUCUAUAGUUCCUUUUGCAUAACAGUAACUAUUUAAUUUGGAAUUUAGAUUUAUCCUCUUACAGAUAGAAUUCUCUCUGAUACUACACUGAGAGGAAUCCUAGUAGUAAGUAGAGAACCAGCCUCAGCUUUAAGUUCUGCCUUUGUUGCAUACUGACUUUGCGACUUCUGGAAGUCUCUUGUUGGUCCUAGGCUACUCUCUUAAGACCCUAAAUAGCAGAGAUGAUGGAUAUUUUCACUGGAAAGAAAUUUUCUAAUUAAAACUUUCCAAUGCCAAUAAAACCAAUGGUCCAUUACUAAUAAAAAUAUGGCCUACUAUAUAUAAAAUAACUGAGGAUUAUGGAUGAACUCUAAUAAAUAUAUAUUUUCCUAUUUGUUAUUUUAAGAAAAUAAAUUACCGAGUAAAUUUGUUACCUAGGAACUGGAAGGAAGAGUCUAAAUAUGCUCUAAAACUUUUCAUGAGUGUCUUAGAACAGUUUAAGACUAUAAGAUUACCUAAAUCAACCAGAUUAAAAAAAUAGAAUAUCAGAAUUUUAUGACAUAUGGGACAGGAAAGAGUGGAGAUAGAAAUAAGAUAGAAGAAAGACUGCUAUUUUCCCUAAUUAAAGUAAUAACUAAACAGAAAAGACUUAACAGUUCUUUGAUGGCAAAUAUAUGAAGUUUUAGGAAUCAGAAAAUGGAAUGAUAAAAGAGGAACAGGAAGAUUCUGGAUUAAGGCUCUGUUUAAAUUUAAAGCUAGCAAAUUGUCUUCAAUCUAUAUUAAUCAGUCAAGAAGAAUUUAUUAAGAACUUAACUAUGUGUUAAAUAUUGGGGUUAGUGAUGGAGAAACAAAGAAAAGCAAAAGACAGUCCCUGCUCUUAAGGAGCUCAGUCCAAUAGAGUUUGUUCACUGAAAUGAGUCAGUACAAGUAUAGUAUGGCUUGGACUUCAUAUAGGAUUCCCUUUGGUUUCCAGUUUUCCAACUCUUUUCUGGGUGUUCUGUUAUAAUAAGAAUCACACUGUAUGGAGGAAAGAGUGCUGAACUUGUAGUAGAAAGGCCUGUAUCCAAAUUCUGCCAUUUAUUAGAUGAAUGAUUGUGACAAAACUUCUUUAAUUAAUAUUAGAUAUUAUGUAAAUGUUUGAGAAAUAUAGUUAAUGAAACAAAAUAAAAAAUAAUUAAACAUCUUA